AUGUCGUUCACCACACUCGUUACGUGCUUCCUUGCUUUGGGUACCACUGGUUGGGCCCAAUAUGUUUUGGAAGACGAUUAUUUAUCUGGAGGCAGUUUCUUCGACAAGUUCUCGUUUUUUGAUGCUCCCGACCCGACUCAUGGCUUCGUGUCUUACCAGGGUCAGUCUGAUGCGACCAAGCAGCAUCUUGUCAACAGCACCUCCGGCAAUGUCCGCCUCGGGGUCGACACCACGAACAAUGCGCCCAAUGGGCGCAACAGCGUUCGUCUAACCAGCAACAAAGCAUACUCUUCUGGCCUCUUCAUACUCGACGCCGACCAUAUGCCAUUCGGGUGUGGCACUUGGCCUGCCUUCUGGCUAGUUGGACCGAAUUGGCCAGCCGGUGGUGAAAUCGAUAUCAUCGAAGGCGUCAAUGAACAAUCCACCAACGACAUGACUCUUCACACCUCCGAUGGUUGCUCCAUCACCAACAACAAUGCUUUCUCUGGUACACUCCAAACCGACAACUGUUACAUCGAUGCGGCAGGUCAGGGCAACAAUCAGGGCUGCCAGAUCACUACGACCAACACCCAAACAUAUGGCGCAGGUUUCAACGCCAACAAGGGUGGUGUCUAUGCCACCGAGUGGACGUCCUCUGCCAUCAGCAUCUACUUUUUCCCACGCGGCGCCAUCCCCUCCGAUAUCACUUCAGGAUCACCGAAUCCAUCCAGCUGGGGCAAACCAUUAGCACAGUUCCAGGGUGGAUGCGAUAUCCCUUCCUUCUUCAGCGAUCAGCAGGUCGUCUUCGACACCACUUUCUGUGGCGAUUGGGCGGGCAGUGUCUGGUCGUCUGGCUCUUGUGCUGCAAAAGCAGACACCUGCAACGACUACGUCGCCAACAACCCAUCUGACUUUGUUGAAGCUUACUGGUCGAUCAAUGCCCUGCAAGUCUACCAAGCCGGCAGCGGUGUCUCGCCUAGCUACUCGUCUGCCGCGCCCUCAAGCACACCAUCAUCAGUUUCUUCCUCCUCCGUCGUCCCAUCGAGCAUAUCGGCGACGUCUCAAUCCGGUCUACCCACUUCGGCCUCCUCUGUCUGGACUUCCAGCUUGAUACCAACAGUAGCACCCACCACUUUUGCUACUUCAAGCGUACCAUCCCCAGCAUCCUCGUUCACUCGACCGGAUGGGCCAGGGCAUGGACCGAUCCACACGAAAUAUGCCACAGGCAACGACUCAUCUUCGCCGUUUGCAUCGGGCAGUGGUACUGGUGCCCUGUCUGGCAUGUACCCAUCUGCUACUGGUCUCGUCGGCACCGCGCCCGUCGUGGCGCCCUCCAACGUCUCUGUAGCCGCAGCCACAGCAUCUCCUCCCAGUAUUUCAGAUCCAUCGUCGCCGUCAAGCGUUUCUGUUGCAGCUGCCAGUGCGUCAUUUGAGGCAGCAGCCCUACCCAUCUCAGGCACUUCAUUCGCUACAGCUUCUGCGACCACGUCGGUGGCGGUACCGGCCGAUCCAAAAACCUCAGCAAUUUUUCCGAGUGCGACGUCCGAUGUCGAAGGAGGGCCGGACUAUUCCGGCUGGCAGGGCCAUUCCUGGCGCUACCACCACCACCGGCCUGCUUCGACUUUGGCAGCUGGUCAGAGGCAUAUCCAACGGCAUGCUAGGAGACAUGGAGCAGGAGUGCUCUAG